AGGGCGAAUUGGUAAAACCCAACGGAUAAAUCAAGAUUACAUCGACAGCCGUUCCAAGUUUUUUGUCCGCCGGUGUUGGGUUCCCACAGAAUCGAUGGUAAUGGAAAUCUGGUUGGGAUGAUCAUAAAGGGGCUUUUCAAGAGGUAUGAGAGGUGGAACCCGGUGCAUCCUACUCUGGGAACCUUUUGGGGCAUGGGGAUCGGUAUCGGUUGCGGAGUCGGGUGGGGGCCAGGGUUUGGCCCGGAGGUCAUUGGGUAUGUUGGGGCAGGCUGCGGCGUAGGGUUUAGUGUUGGUUUUACGCUUGCUGGUAUUGGUGUCGGGCUUCCGAUGAACGGCAUGCAUAACGCUCCUACUACAAGUGAUAGUGGUUGGGACCUAGCAAGAUCCAGUGCCCUUGCGAGCAUGAAGGGUGUGCUUGGGGACGGUUGGAAUUACCUCGAACCUCAUGUAUCUUCUUUGAGAAAGGAAACCUCUGCAAGGCUCUCUAGCUUCAAGUUCAAUGCUUUGCUAGCCCCGGUUGAGCUUACCAAGAUUAAUGAGACACUGUCGAUUAAUAUUCAAUCAACAAUGAGAAGGCUAGAAACCUUCAAAGAACAGCAUUGGCCCCCAAGUCAAGGUUGGGAAGACUAACAUACUAAUUAUCAAGUUGAAUGCAGAGUAGUAUCUCUGAGGUCUUCGUUUCUCUGCGAAUUGCCGAAAGAUAUGUAUUCAAUCAUGCUUGUGGUGAUGCACGAGAGAAAAAAAGAAAUGUAUCUCAUAUUUCAAUUGAGAAUUGAGUUUGAAAGAAUGGGCUUGUAAUCACAAGGAAGUUAGAGAUGGUACAUUUUUAAGAGGUAUAUGACAUACCAGUAACUGGAGUAGUUGUGAUCAGAGCAGGCUUACUUGUUAAUAUGUUUGUAUAUCCUCAGCUUUGCGUUUAUAUGUCCUCAACUGUUGUUGGCAGUAUUUAUGUGAAUUAAGUUGUUUAAAAUUGGCACGCUA